AUGUCGGACACAAGUUUGAAUCCAAGCGAUGCAGAUGCAUUUACACACGCAGUGGCAGGUGCUGCCGGUGGAGCGCUUUCGAUAACUCUAACGUAUCCAUUGAUGUCGUUGACGACCAAGUUACAGACGACCAGCGACGAUGAGAAGAAGCAGUCUACACGCGAAGUGGUGAAGAACAUGCUUCAGAAAGACGGCUGGAAGGCCAUGUUUUCUGGGCUAGAAAGCGCCAUCUAUGGAAUGACCCUAUCAAAUUUUGUAUACUACUAUUUCUACGAGCUUUCGUCGGGAUAUGUCAAGAAAAUAUUUGGAUCCAAGCAGCUCAACACUUUGGAAUCGUUUCUAGUCGGCACGGUGGCUGGAUCCGCUACCGCCACGGCUUCCAACCCGCUGUGGGUCGCGAAUACGCGAAUGACCGUGCAAAAAUCGAGCGCGGGAACUUUCCAGACCAUUUAUCAAAUAUCAAGAGACGAAGGGUUCCAGGCCCUGUUUAAGGGCCUGAAACCCGCUCUGGUGUUGGUCAUCAACCCUAUAAUCCAGUACACCGUUUUUGAGCAGCUCAAGAAUACGGUUUUGAACCUGACUGGAUCGAAAGUGCUCAGUCCAUCGUGGGCGUUUUUGUUGGGUGCUCUAGGGAAACUCGUUGCCACGGGGCUCACAUAUCCCUAUGUGACGAUGAAGACGAAAAUGCAGAAUCAAAAAACAGUGGCCAACGAGCGUCCUUCGGCAGUGUUGUCAACUUUGUUAGAGAGCGUCAAAAAGAAUGGGCCGAUGUCGCUGUACCGUGGAAUCGGUAUCAAGCUUGUACAGAGCAUUUUGACGGCAGCAUUCCUGUUUUUCUUCAAAGAGGGUCUCGUCCUGUGGAGUAUGAGGCUGUUCCGCUUACUGCGUACUGCUAGAGCGAGAGCCAAACAGCUGCGCAUUUGA